UAAACAUUUGGUAUUCUGUAUUCUGUGACAGUCUUGUCUUUAAACUGAGUUCAAACAUUUUAACUUUUCAUUUACUGACUUUCGCAAAGCUUCAUUUGUAACGCACGAUCAAAACAAUGGCAGAAACUUCUGGUGAUGAAAAACCACUUUGGUGGAAAAGACAUCAUGAACUGUACGACACGUCGGAACGACUUGAUCCCGAAUCCGUUUUCUACCAAAAGGACACUCGGUUAUCUAAACCUCGGUCGGUACGACCUGUUCACCUUAUCCCCUCGCGAGUUUACCCUAAAACAAGUCGAGCUCCACGAUCUCGAGUGCCUCAUUUAGACCCGGUAGCGGAAUCGAUUUACCAGCAGAAACGGUCGGAAAAUGAACGCUUGAACAGAAUGGAUCAAUACAAGCAAAUUUUGACAAGACUGAAGUAUAAUGACGAGUUUGCGCAGAAAUACACAGGAAAAAAAUUCCAUGAUUACGAAUUGAUGCACCCUCGAUUUUGGUUUCCCGCCAACCAGAUCAAAGACGAAAAAGAGAAAGAGGCGGUGGCUCAAUUUGAUUCCAGUGUAUUCAAUUCAUUCUGGGAGAACAAAACAUUGUACAUGCAGAGCAUAGAUCAGCCAAAACCGAAGCUGUGGACUCAAGACGAGUUACUGACAGUAAAAUUUGCCCGAGAAGCGAAAAGCAUGAAUAAAAAAAUGAGCAAAGUAUACGACAAACAAAAAUUUGAACUAUUUGAACGUGAAAAAGAAAUUGAUGAAAACAAACGAAAAAUUUGUGAACUGGAGAAAAAAAUAUCCAAUUUUGAAUUCCAGUCUGCAAAUUUCGAAAAAGCUUUUGUAGAAGCAAACUCGGAAGUCAUUCAAAAACUGGACCAAGUUAAAAGCGAACAAAAAGCAGUGAAUUCGAAACUGCUUCUUGGUUUGCCGAAAGAACGAGAUCGGUCGCUUUCGCUGUUGUCGCCGAUUCCAUUGCCAAAUGUGGCAGAGCCGAGUAUUCAUCUCGCCACCGACCCUGUUUGGGAGAGAACGCGACUUGUCUUGGAAAACGAGAAAGACAAAGAACGAAGCGAGAGACUUCAAAUGGCUUAUUCGAACACUUUCAGAUAAAAAAUAAAUUAGAUUUAUUGUUAAAUACUGCAGUUUUUGUUUGUUUGAAUUAAAUUCAAAAACCAGUUUGACAAUACCUUUUACAGCUAUUUAAAAUGCACAUUUAAUUGUUGAUAUCAA